GUCAAGAUUUUCAUAAAAAGCUACGUCUAGUACGUCGACCCGGUUUUACUUCCGGUUUGUUCGAGCUUUUGUUCGUGUGCUGCUAGCUGAAAAAUGGCCGCAGACAAGCUUAACGAAGCAAAAUUGUCCACUAUGGAAGAAAAUAAGGAAAAUGCAACGGAAGACGGAAUAGGGCUUGAAAUACUCCAAAUCAUCAAAGAUUCCCAACAACAGCACGGCUUGAGACAUGGGGAUUAUCAAAGAUACAGGGGGUACUGUUCCCGGCGUCUGCGUCGUUUGCGCAAGACUCUGGGUUUCAAGUGUGGCAACAGGCACAAGUUCACAGGGAAAAAAGUGACUGUUGACAUGCUGUCUGACAACAAAUACUCUGACAACAGGUAUCUAUUGCUGGUGCUCAUGGAGGCUGAGAGGGCUUGGAGCUACGCCAUGCAGCUGAAGCAGGAGGCUAACACAGAGCCCCGCAAGCGCUUCCACCUGCUAUCCCGCCUACGGAAGGCUGCUAAGCACGGAGAGAGGCUGGAAAAGCUCUGCGAGAGCCCUCGUGUGGAUGCUAAGACCAAAUUGGAAGCCCAGGCUUACACUUCCUACCUCAGUGGCAUGGUGCGCUUUGAGCUGCAGGAGUGGAAGGCCGCUAUGGAAGCCUUCAACAAAUGCAAGACCAUCUAUGAGAAGCUAGCCAGUGCCUUCACCGAGGAACUGGCGGUGCUGUAUCAUCAGCGCGUGGAGGAGAUCUCACCCAACAUCCGCUACUGUGCUUAUAACAUUGGUGACCAGAACGCCAUGAAUGAGUUGAUGCAGAUGAGGCUGAGUGCCGGAGGCGGUGGAGGCAUGAUGGCUGAGAAGCUAGAGGCACUGAUUACACAGACGAGAGCCAAGCAGGCAGCCACCAUGAGCGAGGUGGAGUGGCGAGGCCGAACCGUGCCGGUCAAGAUUGACAAGGCCCGCAUCUUCCUUUUGGGCCUGGGGGACAACGAGGCAGCCAUAGCCCAGGCAGCCAAUGAGGAGACCAAGGAGCGCCUGUACGAGACCCUUCUAGCUGAGUGCAGAGACACCAUCCAGGCUGUGAGAGAGGAGCUGAAGACUGAAGCGAAGCAGCGAGAGAGAUCUGAUGACGCUGGUGGCAAGGUGUCAAACCUGCAGUUCCUGCACAGCUACCUGACCUACAUCAAGCUGUGGACCGUGGUGAAGAGGAACGAGAGCAUGGCCCACGUGCUCCAGGCCAAGCUCAAGGAGACUCAGCCGGACGAAAACAAGCGGGGCCCUCGCCCGCAGGACCUCAUCCGCCUCUAUGACAUCAUCCUGCAGAGUCUGACUGAGCUGUCCAGCCUGCAGGGUCUGGAGGAGGACCACACUUUUCAGAAAGAGGUGGCCCUCAAGAUGCUGGUCUACAAGGCCUACAGGUGUUUCUUCAUAGCCCAGUCGUAUGUGCUGGUGAAGAAGUGGAGCGAGGCUCUGGUCCUUUAUGAGCGUGUGUUGAAGUAUGCCAAGGAGGUGCAGUCCAAGGCCAAGAGCCUCAAUAACAGCCUCAAGGAUCUGCCUGACGUGCAGGAGCUGAUCACAGAAGUCAAUGCUGAGAAAUAUUCCCUUCAGGCGGCCGCCAUCUUAGACACAGAGGAUACUCCCGAAGCUCCUACUCAACAGAACGUAAGAGACAACACGCCUCUUUGUGAGCGCCUGGAAACCUUUCACCUGGACCCAGCGUUGGUGGGCAAACAGCCAAAUCUUGUCCAGUUCCCCCCCGACUUCCAGCCCAUCCCCUGCAAGCCACUCUUCUUUGACCUGGCGCUCAACCAUGUGGCCUUCCCGCCCCUCGAUGACAAGGUGGAGCAGAAGGGCAAGGGAGGCCUGACCGGUUACAUCAAGGGCAUUUUCGGCUUCGGCAGCUAAAUCCACGACUAGGCUCUACAGAGGCCUCCAGGUGCUCCAGUGACCUCCAUGAUACUGAUAGGCAGACUGCCACCUGAGCUGUGGAAACGACGUUUGACGCCUAAAAAUGGCACCUUUUUCCCCCAUGUAGGGCUCUUCAUGUGGAAUAGGGUGCCAUUUCCCACACUACCAGUCUGACACUUCAGGUUCUAGAGGUUUCCAAGCCUUGUGGUCAUUACCUCACGAAACCCUCUUUCAUCCCCUGGCCUCUCCCAACAACACUUUUGAGGGAAAACCAGCCUGUUUGGCUUGUUUAUUGUUCAUCAUUUUAAAUGUCCCACUCUUAAAAGCGCCUUUUAUGUACCCAGUCUCGAAUCCAGGAUGGAGGUGUCCGAAUGUCGUCAAAAGUUUUUCAUCAAUCACCAUCAAUAAAGAAACAGUGUAAACGCAGGGACCCAGUAUUUCCACAACCAAGCCAUGAUGUCUCAUAACUCCUUUCUGAUAUAAUUUUUGACAGUAUGACCACAAUGUCACACCUGUCUUAAUUGCCUGAACUGUCUGAGUGUUAUGCCUAGAUUAGGACAGAUUCUCAUUUUAGAGAAUAGUCUUAUCCAUCUGCCUGCCUUGUCUUGCACGCCAUUCCGGUACCAAUACAUUUUUGCAUGGAUGGCAGUUGAAGACUUGAUCUUAUUGAUGUACUCGUACAGAUACAAUGACGUUCAGUGGUCAAUGACUUUAUAUGCUGCACUGAAAAGGACAGUAAAAUGUUUGUUUAUAUUCUGUAAUGAAAUUAUUAAAACGUUUUAUGUAAGUUCUGUGUGGCGGAAGACUGAGCGGCCUCGUCCUGACCAUUUAUGGUCAAUAGCGACCUCCGUUUUUCACCUCACCCCCAAAAGGGGCCAGCUUUUACUACUGCUUGGCCAAAAGAACAGUAGUCAGUCUAGAAUUAUAUUUAGUACACGCUAUUCUUGUCAUAUUACAACAGCUUUUAAAGUGAAGGGAUUGGGCAGCCCUGUUGUUUGCCCCUUUCACCUUUCUAUCCCAGUACCAAAGCCAGUGCUUUUAAGUCUUCAGCUGAAUUGAAUGGACCUCAUAUUUGUAUCUGCCUAUAAUAACCCAUAUUCUACACUGAAGAUUUUUCAAUAUACCCAUGAGUUGGAUUCUCUUUAAUUUGUCUUUAAAAUUUAGGUUCAAUAGAUCUUAUACUAAAAUAUAUUUUAUUUCAUUACAUUUUUUGUUUUCCAAAGUUUUCAUGUAUUAAAGUGGGUUAGGCUAAGAUGCAUAUUGGAAUGAUUCUACUCAUUGCCACCCAAAAGGACUAAAAUGUAUUUCUGUAACUAUGCUGGAAACGUUAUGUUCGGUAGAAUGGCAAAAUGAAUAAUGAAAUGAAACAGCGUGAUGUAAUUUGUUUGGGUUUCCACACAUCUAAUUAAAGAUAUGAGACGCAUCUGCACCAAACAUGA